GGGGAGUGGGGGAAUCAGCUGUACUCUCUCUCGGUCUCUCCCUCUCUCGGCACUUGUGACGUCUGGGCUAGAAAUCUUUCAAAACCCUCCAAGAGCCAGGCAAGGCGCUUGCUCCCCUUCUCGGAGAUCAAGAAUGUAGUCGGCUUCUUCCUGCCUCCCCAGCCUACUUCAGGGAAAACAGACUUGAAAGGCAAAGGCCCGAGACAUCAUGCUGAUUUGCAGUUCUGUCUUUCUUGCCUGGAUCACCGUGGCCAGUCAUGUUGCGGGACAAGUGCAUGGGCAAGGGUCAAGCCGGUUAAAACUGACAGUCCUGUCUGAAGACAGGUUACAGAUGAAAUGGAAAGAGACUGAAGGGAACAUCAAUGGGUACAAGGUUCGAGUGAAGCCCAUGGCAGGUGACUCCGAGCAGGAAGUCAUGCUGAAAACCAAAACGCCGAAAGCCACGGUUGGGGGGCUGAGCCCCACAAAAGAAUAUACUCUGCACAUCUAUGUGCUCAACAGCUCACAGGAAGCCCUGUUUGCCAAGAGGAAAUUUGUGAUUGAAGAGCUGAAAAACCUCUCUCAGGCUCGAAAUAACCGGAGGAACACAGCAACUGGCCCAGAAAAGAGCCUCGUCUCACUUGGAAACACAGCAACUGAGCCGGAGUCAGAGACGUCUUCCCCGGCCCAGAGCGACUCCUUCACGCAGACAGCGAAGGACCGGCCAGAAAAGAAGAGACAGAAGGCCGCUGUAUCUAAGAGCUCAAGUGAGAAACCCCGGAGCAAGCCGAGCACCGGGUUAGGCAUGACAGAAGCAACCCUGACGACUGUGAAAACACCGCAGCACGGCCAGACAAAAUCUGAGCGAGACGACCUCAGCAAAGAAAAACCCACAAAGGAAACGUUAAGAAGAGGCCCUCACUUCCAGUGCGACUCAUCUGCCAUGACUGACAUUGUCCUGCUUGUGGAUGGAUCUUGGAGCAUCGGGCGCAACAACUUCAGGCUCAUCAGGGAGUUUCUGAGCACCUUGAUUUCCCCUUUCGAUGUUGCCCAGGACAAGAUACAAAUAGGCUUGUCACAGUACAGCGGUGACCCGCGGACAGAGUGGAACCUGAACACAUAUGCUACCAAAGACGAGGUGUUGGAGGCAGUGAGGAGCCUGCGGUAUAAAGGCGGCAACACAUUCACGGGUCUCGCUUUGACUCACGUCCUCGAGCAGAAUCUGAAGCCAGAAGCUGGUGCUAGGUUGGAGGCAGUGAAGCUGGUGAUCCUCCUGACGGAUGGAAAGUCCCAGGAUGAUGCCAACCAGCCUGCCCAGACCUUGAAAAACUUGGGUGUAGAAAUAUUUGCCAUUGGGGUGAAAAAUGCAGAUGAGGCAGAGUUGAGGCAGGUGGCCUCGGAGCCCUUGGAGCUCACGGUGUACAACGUGCUGGAUUUCCCUCUGCUCGGCUCACUGGUCAGCAGGCUCACCCAGGUCCUGUGCAGCAGGAUCAAAGAGAGGAGCAAGAGUGAAAACACAGUACCAUUGCCUCCUCCUGUUUCCUUGAGAGCAUCCGAGGUGACCCACAACAGUAUAAAACUAAGCUGGCAGCCGGCAGAUGGAGCUACUCAGUACCUGGUGCUCUGUUCAGCAGGACUCAAAGGAGCAGAGGACGAUACAAAAGAGGUGAAGGUGGACCGGCCUGAGGUCCUGCUGGAUGGACUGGCGCCCAGCACAGAGUACUCCAUCGCAGUGUAUGCGAUGUACGGGGAAGAUGCAAGCGAUCCAGCCAGCAUCCAGGAAACCACCUGGGCCUUAAGCCCCCCCAGGCACCUUGGUUUCUCAGAGAUCAGCCACGGGUCUGUCCGGGUCAGCUGGGAAGGUGCGUCGCCUGAUGUGAAAGCACACCGGGUCACCUAUGUCUCCAGCCAAGGGAGCAACACUGGGGAGGUCCGAGUUCCUAGUGGAGCAUCCUCCACCACCCUGAAACCUCUGUCCUCUCUCACCCAGUAUUUCAUCAGCGUCAGGUCUGUUUACGAUGAAGGUGACUCUUUCCCGCUCACCGGCAACGUUACCACGACAAAAGUUCCUCCACCGAGCGCUGUGAAGGUUACCGAGCUCUCAGGAAACUAUGUCCGUCUGCAAUGGGAAGCGGCCGCGGCCUCCGAUGUGGUCGUCUAUCAGAUUAAGUGGAAUGUGCUUGGCGAGGCGAAAUCUCAGGAGCUCUCUGUUGCUGGCAAUGUGGCCAAUGCUGUUUUGCCAGGGCUGAAGAAGAACACAGAAUACCAGAUAUCGAUGUGGGCGUAUUACAAGGAUGGCGCACGAAGUGACACGGUCUCUAUUCAGCACAGGACCAGUUCCAGGAAUCCACCCACCAACCUGUUCAUCGAUUCAGAGACCACCAGCAGCCUGCAGAUCCAUUGGACACCCCCAGACGGCCGCAUCCAGCACUACAGAGUGACCUAUGCCCCCAAAUCUGACGAGGGCGCUCGGGAAACAAUAAUAGCUUCUGGUAAAAGUAGCGGUGUGACCCUUCAGUCUCUGCUCCCCAGCACGGCAUACAAGGUGAUGGUUUCUGCCAUCCAUAACACAGGAGAGAGCGACACCGUGUCUACUACUGGCCACACUGCUUCUGCAUUGACUAAAUUCCCUUCAACACGAGGAUUUCUUCCCUUCAAAAUGGAGGCUUGCCCCACUCUCAACUCCGUCGAAGGAUCUCUACAAGGAUUUGAUAUAAUGGAGGCUUUUGGACUGGUGGAGAAGGAAUAUGCCUCCAUUAAAGGAGUGGCUAUGGAACCGUAUGUGUUCAGUGGCUCCCGGACUUACACUCUGUUCAGAGAUACUCAGCUGACCCGGAGAACCAGUGAAACGCCCCUCCCAGGGAUCCCACCUGAGCACACCCUCAGCUUCGUCCUCCGGCUCCUGCCAGAGACUCCUAAAGAGCCCUUUGCUGUGUGGCAGAUAACAGAUGAAGACUUCCAGCCUCUCCUUGGUGUUAUACUUGACUCCAGUAAGAAAUCCUUGACCUAUUUCAAUCAUGACUACAAGACUGAUUUACAGGAAGUCAUCUUUGACCAACAGGAAGUGAAGAAGAUAUUCUAUGGGAGCUUUCAUAAGGUGCACAUAGCUGUGAGUCAUUUCAAGAUCAAACUCUACCUGGACUGCAGGAAAAUAGCGGAGAGACCAGUCAAUGCAGUGGGCAGCAUCUCCACUGCGGGCUUUGUCAUGCUGGGGAAGCUCACAAGGACCAGAGGACCGAGGAGUGGAUCGGCCACCUUCCAGCUGCAGUCUUUGCAGGUUGUGUGCAAUGCUUUGUGGGCAGAGGAUGACCGAUGUUGUGAGCUCCCUGCACUGAGAGAUGAAGAGACGUGUCCUGCUUUGGCUCCUGCCUGUACCUGCAUGUCCGGCGUUCCAGGCCUGCCAGGUCCCCCCGGGCCUCCUGGCAGUCCGGGGCGGAGAGGACCUCAAGGGGAGCAGGGGCACCCAGGCCCCAAGGGUGAGCCAGGCCCUCCUGGACAGGUCGGCCCCCAGGGUCCUGGCGGACAGCAAGGCUCUCCGGGAUCCCAAGGAAUCACCGUGCAAGGUCCAGUGGGACCACCAGGGAUCAAAGGGGAGAAAGGAGACACAGGAAUCCCAGGCAUGCAGGGUAUUCCCGGUGUCCAGGGAGCUCCAGGCAGAGAUGGCCUUCAGGGAGCCAAGGGGGUGAGAGGACUGGAGGGCACAGCUGGGCCUCCGGGACCACCCGGACCAAGGGGUUUCCAAGGGAUGGCAGGCUCUCGUGGCGGCGGCGGAGAGAAAGGACCUCCAGGGGACGUUGGACCAACUGGGCUGCCUGGUCCCAAAGGAGAAAGGGGCGAGAAGGGUGAACCACAGUCUCUGGCCACAAUUUACCAGCUAGUUAGCCAGGCUUGUGAGCGGAUGAUUCAGACUCACGUGUUGAAGUUUGACUCAUUCAUCCAUGAACAUACCAGGAAGCCAGUCCCCAUGUGGGAUGAGAAGUUGAUGCCAGGAGAGCCGGGACUGCCGGGUCUUGCAGGUCCCCCUGGAAGCAGAGGAGAAAGAGGAGAAGAUGGCUUCCUGGGACUGCCAGGCAAAGACGGGUAUCCAGGAGAAAGAGGAGGACCAGGACCAAGGGGUGCAAAGGGGAUGCCUGGAGCAAAUCGGGAAGGGGUCCAAGGACCCAGGGGACGAGCAGGACCACCAGGAGAAGCCGUGGUAGGGAAACCAGGUCCGAACGGGGCCCCUGGAAGUGCUGGCCCACGGGGCUUUCCUGGUGACAGAGGCCAGCCAGGGGAGCCUGGCUAUCCAGGGGGCUGCGAUCUCUCUGGAUGCUAUGGGGCGAGUACCAGAGAUUUCAUCCCAUGACGGUUGGUUGAUGGGCUGCUUGCACAGUACUUUCCUUCAGAGACCUCGGCCUGAAUCUUCUAUAUAUGAACUGCAAUUUGACCGCCAAAUGUGUAUUCCCCCCUCCCCACUCGCAUUGAAUUUUUGUAUGGGUGCAGAGUUUCAAAACUAUAGUCCCCAAACCAGACUGUAAAUCGAUCAUCCUCUCUUUCAUGCCCAUUUCCUUUAUUAUCUACAAACAUUUGAAUUGGGCAGCUGCUGCAACUGAACUGAUGUCCUACAACAGGAUUAAGAAGCACAGUCAAGUGGUUCAAGCUGUUGGAUUUGCCAGAGGGGUUGAGCCAACAGUAGCAUUAAUGGUAUUGAAAUGUUCAGAAACAGCCAGGAUGAAUCUCUCA